AUGUCAACGAUAGCAGAUGCCGAAUGGUUUCACGGGCACUUGUCGAGGACGAAGGCCUGCGAACUGCUUCAGGAUAACGGCGACUUUUUGGUACGCAUAGCACAAUCGAAGGCUGAUCGUACUCUCAAAGCGGUUUUAUCAGUUAAGUGGAUGGGACGUCAUUACCACUUCGAGAUCCGCGAGCGGAAUGGCUUAUUCUAUGUUGAAGGAUAUCGUUUCUAUAGCAUGGUUGAUCUGAUUAGCCAUUACCUCAACGAACAGGUUUGCGGUUUGUUCAAAACAUAUAGGGUGUUUUUGAGCGCUUCAUACAUUACAAUAAUUUUUAGCGAGAUGCAUUCAUGUGUUAUAGAAUGCAAAGUAUGA